UCCCUUUAAAACUACAUCGGUUUCUAUACAAAAAUAAAAAGGUCCCUCUAUCAGUUCAUUCGUCCCAAACCUUAGGUUUCAAAUUAGGGUUUCAAGUUUUUUGAAAAAAUGCCUUUUUGCAAGCUUUGUAGCUCGGUAAAAUGGGAUACAGAGGGAGAUUGUGAAAAACAAUUUAUAAUUGGAGAAUAUUUUGUAGGUGAAACUUUGGAGAUGAUGACAAUGCACUACGAAUAUGGUUUAUUGAAACAAGUAGUUGAACACAAACAUGCCACUGACCCUGUGGGUUUAAAGUUGUGGAUAUCCACUAAAUUGGUGGAUAUUGAAAUAAUGCACGAUAGCGAUGAGCCAAGGAAAUCAACAAAUCCAAAGCUGGAUGUAAAUUUUUCGGAUUCCGAUUCCGAUCCGGAUUUACCUCCAGAUAACGUUGAUGGAGCUCAUCGAAAAAUUCGGGAGGGAAAAGCUCGGGGAAAAGCUCGGGGAAAAGCUCGGGGAAAAGCUCGGGGAAAAGCUCGGGGAAAAGCUCGGGGAAAAGCUCGGGGAAAAGCUCGGGGAAAAGCUUCGGGUGAAUGUUCUUCAGCGGAUCCUGUUCAAGGAGCAGCUUCAAAAAAAACAGCAGGUUCGUUAUCUUCUGCACCUGCUUUGGCUCCGGGGAAUGAUGAUCUUCCAAAAGCAGGUUCGUUAUCUUCUGCACCUGCUUUGGCUCCGGGGAAUGAUGAUCUUCCAAAAGCAGGUUCGUUAUCUUCUGCACCUGCUUUGGCUCCGGGGAAUGAUGAUCUUCCAAAAGCAGGUUCGUUAUCUUCUGCACCUGCUUUGGCUCCGGGGAAUGAUGAUCUUCCAAAAGCAGGUUCGUUAUCUUCUGCACCUGCUUUGGCUCCGGGGAAUGAUGAUCUUCCAAAAGCAGGUUGUUCAUCCUUUGCUCCUGAUCCAGUUCAAGGAGCAACAACAUCUUAUCCCGAUCUAGUGGCUGUUCCAGCUUCACUUCCACCUCCACCACCUUCUCCACCAGUUCAAGUUUCGCCUUUUCUAACUCCACCUCCUCAAGAUUUUUCAUUUGCUGCAGCUCAUCCUGCUCUGGUGGUUGAUGAUUUUAUUGUAGAAGGUGUUGUUGAUGGUGAUGUGUCUGUUGAUCCAGCUGCACCUUCUCAAGAUUUUUCAUUUGCUGCAGCUGGGCCUGCUCUGGAGGUUGAUGAUUCUAUUGUAGAAGGUGUUGUUGACUUUAAUGAGUCUAUUGAUCCUCCUCCAGCUCAAGAUUCAGCAGUUGAAGCUCCAUCUUCUCAAGAUUUUUCAUUUGCUGCAGCUGGGCCUGCUCUACUGGUUGAUGAUUCUACUGUUGAAGGUGUUAAUGAUGUUCAUGAGUCUGUUGAUCCUCCUCCAGCUCAAGAUUCAGCAGUUGAAGCUCCAUCUUCUCAAGAUUUUUCAUUUGCUGCAGCUGGGCCUGCUCUGGAGGUUGAUGAUUCUAUUGUAGAAGGUGUUGUUGACUCUAAUGAGUAUGCUGAUCCAGCUCCAGCUCAAGAUUCAGCAGUUCAAACUCCAGUUUCUCAAGAUUUUUCAUUUGCUGCAGCUGGGCCUGCUCUACUGGUUGAUGAAUCUACUGUUGAAGGUGUUAAUGAUGUUCAUGAGUCUGUUGAUCCUCCUCCAGCUCAAGAUUCAGCAGUUGAAGUUCCACCUUCUCAAGAUUUUGAUGAUUCUAUUGUAGAAGGUGUUGUUGACUUUAAUGAGUCUAUUGAUCCUCCUCCAGCUCAAGAUUCAGCAGUUGAAGCUCCAUCUUCUCAAGAUUUUUCAUUUGCUGCAGCUGGGCCUGCUCUACUGGUUGAUGAUUCUACUGUUGAUUCUCCUCCAGCUCAAGAUUCAGCAGUUGAAGCUCCACUUUCUCAAGAUUUUUCAUUUGCUGCAGCUGGGCCUGUUCUAGAGGUUGAUGAUGCUGAUCAACCUCCACCACCAUCACCUGUUCAUAAUCUACCUCGGAGGUCGGUACGCUUGGCUGCUCAAGCUCUUCAAGGCAUACUUCCGAGGAGAUCGGCACGCCUAGGUUUGCAGAGGCGGAAUUCUGAGAUAGAUAAUAUGCGUGUCAUACGUCGGCCUCGUCGGCGUCAUCUUUGUCAUCCAUAUUGUACUUGUAGAAGAAGAAACUGUCCAUGCUACCUAGCUAGAAUGUAAAUAAUGACAUAGGAGAAAAAAGAGAGAUACAAGUCUAUUUUGUAGCUUCAAAACUUAGCUUUGCGUAUAUUCCACUCUUUCCAUGUAGUUCCACUCUUAUACGAAUGAAAUCUUCUUUUUACUAUUGA